AUGUCGACCGCUCGCCCUAAGCGCAACCGCGCUCAAGUCAACUACGUUGAGCCUACCGAGCUUGACGACGACAUCGCUGUGGAAGAUGACCCUAUCGAGGUCGAAGCCGCCGCCGAGCCUGUCGACGACCAGUCACCGGACUCCGACUCCGACAGCUCUGACGGCGAGCCCGACGCCGAUGAGUUCACCACCGACAAGAGAAAGAUGAAGGCCCAGGAGAAGGCGCUGAAGAAGAAGAAGGCAGCCAAGAAGGCAAAGAAGGCCAACAAGGCUAAGAAGAUCAAGGAUGUCCCCUUCCCCUUCAUGGACCUGCCUCCAGAGAUCCGCGUCAUGAUCUACAAGGAAGCCCUCGUCGAGUCCGCCAGGGAGCUCACCUAUGCCAGCAAAGGCCAUGGUCGCAACUUCUUCCGCGGUUACACGGUCAAGAAGCCCACUCGCUGGGGUUCUCACAAGAUUCUUGUCAAGCAUGAGAAGACCAACGAGCAGAAGCGCACCUCGCUCCAGCCCGUCCUCUUGCGCGUCUGUAAGGCUUUCAGAGAUGAGGCUCUCCCCUUCUUCUAUGGUCAGAAGUUCCACUUCGCCACCCCCGCCACUCUGCAACUGUUCCUUGCUCGUAUCAGUCCUAUCAACCGCAUGUUGCUGCGUCACAUCGUUCUUCGUGGCUGGGCUGACUGGAACAUCUGCGCCAAGGACCUCCACCACGUCUUUGCGAUGCUCACCUCGGCCACCAACAUCAAGUCUAUCCUCCUCGACCGCAUCAUCGUUGGCAAGACCGACGGUAACCGCCACAUGCACGGUGGAGACAAGUUCUGGGAAGACAUUCAAUGGUGGGCCGAUGCUGUUGACAGUGCUCAUGGGAAGGUUGCUGCCAAGGAUGUUCUCAAGAUCAAGGAUAUCUGCUUUGGCUCAGUCGAGGAGAUCAAGAACAAGGAGAAGGAUUACAUCAAGCGCAAGAAGUCCUUCAUGGCCAACCUCAAGUUCUCGGUCAAGCCUACCGACAAGCCCGUCGAGCACCCUGCCGAGGUUGCCGUUGCCGUUGAGGAGGCAUCCGACGGCCCUGAGUAG